AUGGCUGCCAGAAAGGUCGUUGUUAGCGAAAUUUUGUAUUUUUUAACUAAUAAUAUUAAUUUGCUCGAAAAUGAAGUGUUUAUUUGUAAUACUGCUGAUUUCUAUACCAAUGACGAUAUUGUAGCUGCUUCGAAAAUUUUGAAAAGUGAGUUCGUUAACCUGAAAUGUGAAAAAAUUGAAAAAUUGUUAACAAAUGGCACUCAAAAAAAGGACAAAUUGGUGGAUUGCAUUGAGCUAUUGAAAAAUAUGGUAGCAGCUAACAUGUUGGACAAGCUCCCUUUAUUUGUCAGCUCAAAUAUGUCCAAGAUACCUAAUUUCGAAAAAUGUUUUCAAAUAAAUUUUGAAAUAUUGAAAAACGAAGUUAGAGACAUGUUGAACAAACAACAUGUUAAUAUCUCAGCUUUCAUUGAAAAGUGCAGCGAAGAAUUUGCCGCGCUGAAAGGGAAAACAAACUAUGUAGAGUGCAAUUUAAAAAGUAUAAAAAAUCGUAACGACUGUAAUAAUGAAAUUUGGAAAUUGAAUACAGCUGCAAAUAAUGAUUUGAUGCAAAAACCAAUUUUAUGGUCUGAUGCAAUUAAAAUACCAGCUGAGGUGAAUGUGCUGCCACUUACAGAUAAAAUACCAGUUGAGGUAGAUGCAUCACCAUUCACUGUUGUAAACAGACCGAGGAAAAACCAAAACAAAAAUAUUCUUGAAAUGAAGAGUGAUGAAAAUAUCGUUAACACCGAAACUGGAAAGAAGAAAAAAAGGUGUCAAAAAGAUAAUUGGAAACAAAGAUAG